AUGCAGAAGAUCUUGCAAACAGAUGACAUUACCAAAACCCAAGCUUUUAGAAAAGGAAAGAGGAAAAGAACAGAGACAAUGGACUCAGAGAAUGCAAAUAGUGACAUGGAUAAAGGACAGAGAGACCCAUAUUCAGGAAAUGCCUUUCUGCCUGGUGAGAGCUCCAGUGAGGAUGAAGAGCCUUUAGCAGAAUUGUCAAAGGAAGAAUUGUGCACAAAAAUAAAAAGCCUGAAACAAAAACUAACAAACACCCGGAAAGAAAACAGCCGACUUCGACAGUCUUUGGUCAUGCUUCAAGUGUUACCACAAGCAGUCACCCAGUUUGAAGAAUUGGUUGGUAUGGCAGAGGCCCUGCUUAAGGGUGGAGGAACCAUGUCCACAUCUGCAUCCACCCUCUGGAGAGCAACAAACAACUCCUCACCAGAUUCUUUUGCCUCUACGUGCAGUAAUUCUAACUCUAAUUCCAGUUCACCAAUUUCCUUGAAAGCUGAAGAAGAGCAUCAUACUGAUGAGAAACAGUUCAAGAUUGAAAAAUGGCAGAUUGCCCGUUGUAACAAGAGCAAGCCUCAGAAGUUUAUUAAUGAUUUAAUGCAAGUACUCUACACAAAUGAGUACAUGGCCACACACAGCCUGACGGGGGCGAAGUCCUCUACUUCGAGGGACAAAGCCGUAAAACCAGCUAUGAAUCAGAAUGAAGUUCAAGAAAUCAUAGGAGUCACAAAACAGUUAUUUCCCAACACAGAUGAUGUUUCAAUUAGGAGAAUGAUAGGGCAAAAGCUAAACAACUGUACCAAGAAGCCAAAUUUAAGCAAAAAUCUGAACUCUCAGGACAUUAAGUAG